UAAGUUGAAAGACUUGGUCAAGAUGAAACUGUUCGUAUUCCUGGCCUUGGCCGUGGCCGCAGCUACGGCUGUCCCGGCUCCCUCGCAGAAGCUGACCCCGGUGCCCAUGAAGGACAUCCAGGGUCGCAUCACCAACGGCUACCCGGCCUACGAGGGCAAGGUGCCCUACAUCGUGGGUCUGCUCUUCAGCGGCAACGGAGGCAACUGGUGGUGCGGUGGCUCGAUCAUCGGCAACACCUGGGUGCUGACCGCCGCCCACUGCACCAACGGAGCCAGCGGAGUGACCAUCAACUACGGAGCCAGCAUCCGCACCCAGCCCCAGUACUCCCACUGGGUGGGCAGCGGCAACAUCGUGCAGCACCACCACUACAACAGCGGCAACCUGCACAACGACAUCUCCCUGAUCCGCACCCCGCACGUCGACUUCUGGCACCUGGUCAACAAGGUGGAGCUGCCCAGCUACAACGACCGCUACCAGGACUACGCCGGCUGGUGGGCCGUGGCCUCCGGCUGGGGCGGCACCUACGACGGCAGCCCACUCCCCGACUGGCUACAGGCCGUCGACGUCCAGAUCUUGUCCCAGGGUGACUGCAGCCGCACCUGGUCCCUCCACGACAACAUGAUCUGCAUCAACACCGCCGGCGGCAAGUCCACCUGCGGAGGCGACUCCGGUGGCCCCCUGGUCACGCACGAGGGCAACCGCCUGGUCGGAGUGACCUCCUUCGGCUCCGCCGCCGGCUGCCAGUCCGGAGCUCCCGCCGUCUUCAGCCGAGUGACUGGAUACCUGGACUGGAUCCGCGACAACACCGGCAUCUCCUACUAAGCACUUACCCAGUUUUAAUGGGGUCUCUACAAUAAAUGAUUAAAGCAUAACAA